CUACUUUUCAGUUACUCUGUCAGAAUGCUGGACAUACUUGAAAAGUUCCUUAUACGCAAAGGCUGUUGCUUUUCAAGACUUGAUGGAUCUACUCCGACUGGAGUACGCCAGUCUCUUGUUGAUGACUUCAACUCAAGUCCAAGCAAACAGGUCUUCCUCAUAUCAACUCGAGCUGGUGGGCUUGGACUCAAUCUUGUUAGUGCAAAUCGUGUAGUGAUCUUUGACCCAAAUCGGAAUCCUGCCCAGGAUUUGCAGGCACAAGACAGGUCAUUCCGUUAUGGGCAGAAGCGGCAUGCCGUUGUUUUCCGUCUUCUUGCAGCCGGUUCUCUAGAGGAACUAGUUUACACCAGGCAGGUUUACAAGCAACAAUUAGCAAAUAUUGCUGUUUCCGGGAAAAUGGCGAAACGUUAUUUUGAUGGCGUGCAGGAUUGCAGAGAAUUUCAAGGAGAGCUGUUUGGCGUCUGCAAUUUGUUCCGCGACCUGUCCGAUAAGCUUUUCACCUGUGAAAUAAUUGGAAUUGCAUGAAAAGCAAGCAAUAGAGCAUGGAGAUUGUGAGAGUUCAAAGCAGAUUUUUAGUGAACUUCAGAAGUGUUUUCUUCCACAGAAGGAAUUAACAAAUACGUCUGUGGAAGCAUCUCAGAACAGCAAACCUAAAGAUGCAAGUAAAGAAACAGUCGAACCAGUACUUGAAGACUUGGGUGAGUGUAUUAUUGUCGACUUGGCUUUGAAAAGUUUCUCCUCCAGUUUUUUCAUUAGCAAAAAUGCUAUAGAAAAUGCUGCCUCAUCCAAGAUGAGGAAAAAGAGCCUGUAUAGCCUCCUUGCUCAGUUCAUGGGUAUGGAGGAAGUAGAAUUCAGCAAGUGGUUGCUUUCAGCGAAUCCAGAAGAACGGGAGAAAGUGCUCCGGGACUAUAAGAGGAUAAAGGACAAGAUUCCAAAUGGAUUAUAUCUCUCCUCAUCAGGAAGGCAGAGUUUUUGUAAUGUAAAUUGUCCAUAGAUCAAUAAAUCUUUCCCAAAAUAUGGAAGUCGGUUGCUGUAAUUUCUUCAUUUGGGACUUUAGCCGUGAGUCGCUGUAUGCAUUUGUUUACUGACGUCUGGGUUAAUUCUCUUGAUCCGUUAAUCUUCUUGGUAG